CAUUCUAUGAACUAAUUUGCACAAAAAAAGUUACGAAGAUAGCUUUUAAUUAUGUUAAUUGCGAAUGAAAGGAAUACAAGCUUAAGUAUCCACCAGUCAAAGCAUGUAUUAACCUUGCAAAGAAUCCACAAACAAGAAUCUACAAGACUGAUUGUGUUUUACCCAGAAAAAGAGUUCUGGGCAACUGAAAAGAUCAAGUGGGGGUUUAACAAUGGCUUCUGAAAUUGAUGAAUGGGUGAAUAAAAUUGGUGAUGGGAAGCUAAACAUGUUGAUUACAAGCUGGUGGGAAGAAAUCAAUGACUCAGUUGGGUGGCAAGAUGCCAUCUUUUUUACUCUUUCUGCUCUUUUUACCCUUAUCUCUUCUAUUGCUCUGGUUCAGUUAAUAAGAAUCGAGUUGAGGGUGCCUGAGUAUAGAUGGACUUUACAGAAGGUGUUUCAUCUUAUGAACUUCAUUGUGAAUGGAGUUCGAGCAAUUGUAUUUGGCUUGCACAAACAAGUAUUUAUUCUGAGUCCCAGGGUUCUAACAUUGGUGUUACUGGAUCUUCCCGGACUUGUGUUUUUCUCCACAUAUACUCUCCUUGUCCUCUUUUGGGCAGAGAUCGAUCAUCAGGCUAGAUAUCUACCAACUGAUAAACUGAGGCUUGUUUACAUAUUGCUAAACGCUGGAAUUUACUUCAUACAGGUUUGUAUCUGGAUUUUUCUCUGGUUGUAUAACAAUGAAGCAUUGGAAACUGUAGGACGGGUCUUUAUUGCAGCUGUCUCAUUUGUUGCUGCGAUCAGUUUCUUGUUUUACGGACGAAGAUUGUUUGUAAUGCUGAGACAGUUCCCAAUUGAAUCUAAAGGGAGAAGUAAGAAGUUAUACGAGGUUGGAUCAGUCGCAGCCGUAUGUUUCACCUGCUUUCUCAUAAGAUGUAUUGUGGUGCUCGUAUCUGCAUUCGAUGUGGAUGCUUCCCUCGACGUGUUGGAUCAUCCGAUUCUAGACUUCAUUUACUACACGCUUGUUGAGAUCUUACCUUCAGCACUGGUCCUUUUCAUCUUGCGGAAACUGCCUCCGAAAAGAAUUUCAGGCAUAUAUCAUCCGAUAUGUUGAAAUGAUGCGAAUCAUCUUCAUCCGAGAAGCGAUUCUUCUCCAUUUAUAACUCUAGAAACUUAACAAUAUUGAGCUUCAACUAAUUGAGCCGCAAAAGUAGUUCAGGAUUAUUGAUGUGGAUGAUUUUGUUUUGUUAGCAAAUAACUAACUCUUUGCAGCCAAAUGAUGAGAAGAUUUACUACAAAUUUUUGUAGGGUUUUUAUGGGGUUUUGGUAUGUAACUAGAAGGGCAUUUUUGUUGUUAAGGAUGAGUAUUGGUUUUAAAUAUUGAUGGCUUGCAGGGUCGGUUUUGUAAUUUCAAUUUUGGUACCCUGAGGUUUAUAUUUAUUUCA